AAGAAGCGCGACGGAAUAAUCAACAAAAGCGGUCAGCGGCGGCAAACAUGGCGAGACGGAGAGAUAAUGGAGAAGCCACCAGGACAGCGCAGGAAGAGGAGGAAGCCACCUGGACAGAGCAGGAAGAGGAGGAAGCCACCGUGAUGCCUGGUCAAGCGAGAUGCCAACUCCACGACCGGCUGGUCAGCGACCUGUGCCUGGGCAACUACGACCACGCCUUGGAACGGAUCCGCGAGGCCCUGUUAAUGACCAUAGAUCGCAAACAGAUCGAGGCCCUCUUGGAGAUUAAGACCAUAGUGAUUCGAUUGUGCGGCGACUCGAAUGUCGGCGGCGAUCAGAUUUUCGGCCCCACCUUACAGUCGGACGCACUGCCGCACGCCUUCACCGCCGAGAUGCUGGACGUUGUUCAGAAGGUACUGCGAUGCCGCAACCACUACGAGGUGCUGGGCCUCUCGCAGAACGACCCCUUCUCGGAGGUGAAGCGCUCCUACAAGAGGCUGGCCCUGCGCCUCCAUCCCGACAAGAACCGGGCUCCUGGCGCCGAGAUGGCCUUCCGCCGCAUCAGCGAGGCCGCCGACUGCCUAACGGACCACGAGAGGCGGAUAAAGUACACUUUGGACAUGGGCAUGGGCGACUCCGAGUACUCUGAUGGGGAGAAUGUGGAGCAGGAGGAGGGAGAGGAGGACUACGAUGGGGGUACGCCGCGACGCCCCUAUAUGGCGGCCAAUCAGCGCGUGCCCCAGAGUCAGGCGCUGUUCCAGACCGAACAUCUGGCCAUCGGAAUGGUGUGUGCGCUGCUCUUCAUGUUCCUCACCAUGCAUUUCCUAAGCACCGUGCCCGACUACAGCUUCAAGCGCACCAGCACCCACAGCUUGGUCCGCUUCAGCCAUUCCAGGAAUAUAGCCUACUACAUGAGCCCGAAGACCGCCGCCAAGUAUACGGAGGAGGAGCGCCAGGAGCUGGAGCAGGAGAUCGAGAGCGUGUACAUCCAAGACCUGAAGGUGAACUGCCAGCAGGAGACGAGACUGCGCGACACUCUGCGCCUGCGGGCGAGGCAGGGCGAUCUGGAAAAUAUGCGCCACCAUGCGGAGGACCUGCCGUUAGCAGCCUGCAAGGCGCUCUUCGAGAUCGGGAAGUCCAGCCCUAGGCCGUUUCUGUCAAGUAAUCCAAAGAAGCAGCAGCCCACAGAGGUCUAGUCUUGCCCCAAGACUCAACUACUCCUCCUCCUGCUCCACAUUCUCCCCAUCAGAGCACUCAAAGUCGCCCCUGCCCCUGCCCUUGUCCAAAUUGUACUAUAUCGGGGAUAUCUGUUCAAAGCUAAAAUUUGUGAAUAAAUUAA